CUACUACUACUCUAUUUGGGCCAGAAAAGAAAACCCUAACCUAAGCACUUCUCUUACCAUAUAAAAAUUCUUAUCAAAAACCCUAAAUCAUCAUUCGUAGUCUUCUCACUCCGAUUGCCUUCUCUUCGUCUCUCGCCGCUAACUUCAUUUCCAAAAUGCCGUUCAAGAGGUACAUUGAGAUCGGUAGAGUAGCUUUGGUGAAUUACGGAAAAGAGUAUGGCCGCCUUGUCGUCAUCGUCGACGUCUUGGACCAAAAUAGAGUCUUGGUUGAUGCUCCAGACAUGGUCAGGGGUCAGAUGAAUCUGAAAAGGUUGUCGUUGACCGACAUCAAGAUUGAUAUUGAGAAGGUGCCAAAAAAGAAGACUCUAAUUGACGCAAUGGAGGCUGCUGAUGUCAAAAACAAAUGGGAGAGCUCUUCUUGGGGAAGAAAACUGAUUGUGCAGAAGAGAAGGGCUGCACUAAAUGACUUUGACCGCUUCAAGAUAAUGCUAGCCAAGAUCAAGAAAGCAGGAGCUGUUAGGCAGGAGCUUGCAAAGUUGAAGAAAGAGACUGCAUAGGUUGUGUUAGCCUUUAGUCUUUAAGAUAUUGUUGUCUUUUAUUUUACCUUUGGAUGUUUAAAAUUAAGGAUAAUUUUUGGGUGAGGUACUUCCAAGUAAAGAGAUUUUAUAUCUUCAGAUCUUUAUCUGCAUUUUGUAACCAAUUUGCUAUGAUUGUUUUACAAUUUUGUGAUUUUUUCUCGGUUUUAACUUUGAAGUCGCCCUUUCUUUA